AUGGCAUUAAAGACUCUCUCAGCGGCGAGUGCAGCAGCACUCGAUAAAGACCUCAUGUCUGUCGGUGCAUUUUCACUUGAUCAGUUAAUGGAACUCGCUGGUCUGAGUGUUUCACAAGCCGUCUACCGAGUCCAUCCGCCCAGCAAAGGACGAAGAAUCUUAGUAGCUUGUGGACCAGGCAAUAACGGUGGUGAUGGCCUAGUAGCAGCUCGUCAUCUCUGGCACUACGGAUAUAAACCAACAAUGUACUACCCCAAACAAAGCUCCAACGAACUCUAUCAACGCCUCGCCUCCCAACUAAAAGACCUCUCCAUCCCCUUCACCACAGAUUUCCCCGCGGCACUCAAAGAAACCGACCACAUCCUCGACGCCAUCUUCGGCUUCUCCUUCUCCGGACCCGUUCGCGAGCCCUUCUCGACUGUCAUCCAAGCCCUGUCCGAAACCAAAAUCCCCGUGACAGCCGUAGACGCGCCUUCAUCCUGGGAAAUCGAGACAGGACCGCCGAAGGAGGGACCGGGUGCUGUGUAUAUGCCUGAUGUGCUCGUUAGUUUGACGGCGCCGAAGCCGUUGGUUAGUUUUUUCAAGGGGCGGCAUUUUGUUGGGGGACGGUUUGUAAGUCCAGUGAUUGCAGAGAAAUAUGAUUUAGAUGUCCCGGAUUAUGAGGGGAUUGAUCAGGUGGUUGAGAUUGGGAAGGAUGGGAAGAGGCUGUGA